AUGAAAGAGUUUCUGUUGUCCCUUCCAGAGGGAAAAGAGCCAGCAGACUUCACAAGUGUCGAGUUCGAGCAUCCGAAGGGCAAACCGGUGACUUUUUUCUGCUCAGAAAGUGAGCUCUUGGAGCUGCACUACCACUCUCCAAGAAUCGGCGACUACUCGUCCUUUGUCACGGACGAAGAUCAAACCACGAUUCAAACAUAUGGAAUUCUGAAAGCGACGCCUUUUGAUGCUCGUCUGAUUUUGCUCGCACAACUAGAGAAAAUUAAAGACGAGAAGAAAUCCGCUUCGAUCGCGGAACUCAAAAUGCCCAAAAGGAUCAAAACUGUUGCACUAUCACUUUCAACUGAAAAACUCGAGGAGAUGUUCAAUCUAUCAGAUAAAGAAGCCAAAAGAAUAGAAAUCGACGAAAAGAAGCUCUUCGAGAACCUUGACAAGCGACUUAAAAACGUCCAAGAAGCUAUUUUGAAGCAGAAGAUCAUGGACGACUCCAAUAAAGACAAAUUAAAACGGUAUUCGGCGAGAGUGAUUUGCGAUGCCCUCCCAAAAUCAACCACGAAAGCGUACGAGAAGCAUCUUGGAAUUGAGCAGACAGCCGCUAGAAUAGAAGCGAAGGAGAAUGAGCCUCCUACGAAAAGAUCAAGACUUGACGAAGCUCCAACUGAGGACUACUCAAACGGUACACCGCUGAAGGCAAUGGCAGAAGUCAAACUAACCAAGAAAGAAGCAGACUUGAAGAAAGCCUCAGUCGGCACCAAAAGCAUCAUGAGCUUCUUUACGCCGAAAAAAAAGAACUGA